UCAUGGCUGAUCAUCCAACUCAGUAUCCUGUACCUACUUUCUCUCCAUACCCCCUGAUCCCUUUAGCCACAAGGGCCACAUCUAACUCCCUCUUAAAUAUAGCCAAUGAACUGGCCUCAACUACAUUUUGUGGCAGAGAAUUCCACAGAUUCACCACUCUCUGUGUAAAAAAAUGUUUUUCUCAUCUCAGUCCUAAAAUAUUUCCCCUUUAUCCUUAAUCUGUGACCCCUUGUUCUGGACUUCCCCAACAUCGGGAACAAUCUUCCUGCAUCUAGCCUGUCCAACCCCUUAAGCCCUUAACCCCAACUCCUUGAGCAGGCCUGUAUCCUGAACUUAUUAUUCACCAUACAGUCCCAGGAUAGUCAGCUUUCAUUUGGUCUUGUGUUUCAGAUGCGUUAAGGCCUUCUCCUCAUGGCUCCGCCGGUGGUCUUGGGGGGUGCAGAGAGCUGGUCGAUGGGCACCGCGCCCUACGCCGUGAACCUGGACCUGUUCUACGCCAUGAGCUUCCUGCUUCUCGUCCUCCUGCUGAUCUCCUGCGGUACCUGCAUGAGGAAGUCAGCUGGGUUCUCGACUUACGGUAGCUACACGGAAGACAAAGACAACUCUCAGCUUCUCCGGGUGACACAGAUAGAUGAUGCUCAUCUGAAGGUCAUCUGCAAUCCAACGCUCAGGGAAGGUUCCCUCCAUUCACGAAAAGUAAGCUGGCAGAAUGAGAUGCCUCAUGAGCCCGCCUCCGUCCAGCAGAGUCGGGCACUCCCGGAGAUUCCUGGAAGCUCUGCCUCUAAGGAGGAUUCGGAGGGAAAGGGAGACCCCGUGUACCAGACGGCCAGUGACCUGGAAACUCCGAGCCAUAACGUCGAGGAAGAGGCAGUGGAACUGCCCUAUGCCACCUCGAAUCACUUCAGCCUGGAAGCCCCCGAGGACGUGCUCCUCCUCGAGGAGGAGGUUGCAGAGCAGGAGACCAGGAAGGCCGACAUAGAGCCGGAUAAAGUGAUGGCCCUGUAUGCUCGAGUGAGCAAGAAGGUGAAGAACUCUCCGGCCUUGGAUCCUCCCAGUCCUUCCACACCUCCCGAGAGCAAGGAGCGUGAGGAGCAGCCUCCACCGGUCCCUGAAAAGCUCUUCGACGAUGGUGACGUGGUGAUGAGUGAGGCAUCAGGUAACCAGAGGUCGGAGCCUGGAUGCCGGGUGACCGGCGACUCCUCCACGGAUCCCUCAGAGGCUGGGUCGCAAGCGGGCCCAGAGCCGGACAGAGACCGCGGGUGAAGCGUACCGGAGCACCGGGGGUGGACGGGCUGCCGUCGACAGUCCUGGAAAAAGCCGAACUAAGCAGCACACGGCCGGCGGGACAGAGGUGCGGCCGCCCGCCCGGCAGGGUGGACCAUGGCCGGGGAAGGAAGGCACAGGCAGCCCACCAUCCAACAACUGGCCGGCACACACAGACCAGUGGUGAUGUGCUCACCACGUUAACUGACUGGGUCGGGGCUGGUUUGCUGG